GUCACGGGUCCCGCCCUGUCGAGCCGGACGCAGCUGGAGGCCCGGGAGCGGCGCAGGCGAGCGGAGCCGCGGACUGUGAGCGAGGCGGUGAGCGCCCGGUGCAGACUGCCCCUGCACUCCGGGCCUCCUGGUGGAGAAUCUCUGAUCCGCGCCCCUGACCCACCCAACACCCAAGUCCAGUUUUGGGGCUCUGGAUCUCAGACUCGAGCGCCCAAACACGUCAAGGAUGCCUUCCACCAACUUGGGGCCCCCAUCUUGAGAACUCGCCCGGACCUGGACGGGAUAUUGAGUCGCAGCCAUGUUCCUGGUUAACUCGUUCCUGAAGGGCGGCGGCGGCGGCGGGGGAGGCGGGGGCCUGGGCGGGGGCCUGGGGAAUGUGCUCGGAGGCCUGAUCAGCGGCGGCGGCGGAGGCGGUGGCGGUGGUGGUGGCGGCGGCGGCGGUGGCGGCGGAACUGCCAUGCGCAUCCUGGGCGGGGUCAUUAGCGCCAUCAGCGAGGCGGCUGCGCAGUACAACCCAGAGCCCCCGCCCCCACGCACCCAUUACUCCAACAUCGAGGCCAAUGAGAGCGAGGAGGUCCGCCAGUUCCGGAGGCUCUUUGCCCAGCUGGCUGGAGAUGACAUGGAGGUCAGUCCCACAGAACUCAUGAACAUUCUCAACAAGAUCGUGACCCGACACCCUGAUCUGAAGACUGAUGGCUUUGGCAUUGACACGUGCCGCAGCAUGGUGGCCGUGAUGGAUAGCGACACGACAGGCAAGCUGGGCUUCGAGGAAUUCAAGUACUUGUGGAACAACAUCAAAAAGUGGCAGGCCAUCUACAAACAGUUUGACAUGGACCGUUCGGGGACCAUCGGCAGCAGUGAACUCCCAGGGGCCUUUCAGGCAGCAGGGUUCCACCUGAACGAGCAUCUCUACAACAUGAUCAUCCGACGCUAUUCGGAUGAAGGAGGGAACAUGGAUUUUGACAACUUCAUCAGCUGCCUGGUCAGGAUGGACGCCAUGUUCCGUGCCUUCAAAUCUCUUGACAAAGAUGGCAGUGGACAAAUCCAGGUGAACAUCCAGGAGUGGCUGCAGCUGACUAUGUAUUCCUGAAGGGGAACCCCGGACCUGCCCCCCGUCGCCUCGCUGGAGGAGUCGCCUUGGACUCUGCAGUCUCUCCCAGGGCUCAUCCUGUCUGCGGUCUUGUCUUCAUGGGUCCUGCGCACCCACAGGCCUUUCCCUUCUCCCAGCCCUUGGCACCUGGCUUCUCCGUCAAGAGCCAGGGUCCAACCUGCGCCAACCUGCCCUGCCCCAAGUUACCCCUGGCUCUGAGACACCUAACACGCCCUGCCCCGAGAGUCACCCUACCCCAGCACACCCAUCUCACACCCGCUCCAUCAGCCCUCUCGGGCACCUGUGCCAAGCCAGCACUUGUGUUGCUUCCAUGCCCCAAGGACCCUUCUCUCAGUCCUGAGACUGUCACUCCAGUCCCUACACGCCCUGGCACACCCAUUCAUGGUUACCACCCAGGCAGCCAACUCCAGGCCGUAACAGGCCCGCACACCCCAGUGCCUUUGUAUUCUGCUCCAGCCUGCCAGGCCCAGGAGGAAAUAAAUGCACCCCAGUUGCUGCUGUCUCA